AUGCGAGAAGAAGAAGAAAGAAGGAGAACAGGAAUGGAUAUAUGGGUAUUUUCAGGAGAAAUAAAGAGAAGAAAUGGGAGGAGUGGUUUGACGGGAAGGAAUACUGGUCGUAGAAAAAAGAAGAAGAAGAGAAUCUCGGAAUCUCAGGGUCUCAGAAUCUCAGAAUCUCCGAACCUCAGAAUCUCAGAAUUUCAGAAUCUCAACAUCUCAGAAUUUCAGAAUCUCAGAAUCACAGAAAUCCCGAAAUACAGAUAUCCAGGAAUUCAGGAAUCCAGUAAUCCGAGAAUCCAAAAAGCCCAGAAUCCAGGAAAUUCGAAAUUCUCAACUUUGAGCUUCCCAUUCAUGAAGUCUGUCUACAAGGAUAUGUUUCGCAUUUCCUUCCGAUUCUAA